GUUUUAUGAUCACACUCCAACACAUACAGCCACAUCUCCGACUCAGAAACGUCCUGUCUGUGAGCGGUUCUCAACAAUACGUCUCUCGUGUUUUGGCUUUAACAAGUGCGACUGCAAUGUGCUGUAACAGGCCUAACUUCAGGGAGAGAAGAAUGGGGUCUCUGGCCAUGCUGUGGCCAGCCCUCUUCCUCCUUUUCCCCUGUCAGGGUCAAAGUUCAACCACAGGGGUUGUGGAGAGGUCAACCUGCGGUCCAUGUGACGAGCGUCUCUUUUGCAACUGCUCCUCCCGGAACUACACCUACAUUCCAACAGUGGAGAUUGUAGACGUCCUGACCCUUGACCUCUCCUCCAAUUCAAUCACCACGGUUGCAGAGGACGACCUCAGAGAUUACGAGCAUUUACAAACUCUUGAUCUCCAUAGCAACAAGAUCCAGAGCAUCCAUGACAGGUCCUUCAGCCAUCAGCAGAGGCUAUUGGCUUUAGACUUGUCCAACAACCAGCUGGAUGUUCUGUCUCCAGCCUGGUUCUCCAAACUCCAAUCCCUACAACAUCUUAGCCUAUUGGGAAAUGGUUACAGGACACUGGGCCCUGAAGGGACUUUCCCUCUCUUCAGGUCUCUGAACAGUCUAAGGACCCUACGGUUUGGAAAUCCUGGACUAGAGGAGGUCAGGAGAGGGGAUCUCGUCGGAGUCAGACAGCUGAAUGAGUUGGAGGUCUAUGGGAAUAACCUGAAGAGGUAUGAUCCUGGAAGUCUGGGUGACAUUUGGCCUCUUGGGGUGGUGACCUUGCAUUUAAGAGGUCCAUUUCAGGACGACCCAGCACUUGUUUCCUCCAUAUUCCGUGAUGUCGCCAACCCAGAAACCUCCCUGGUGGUUGCUGAUGUCCUGUUGACAGGGAAGUUGUCCACUGGACCUUUCGCUGUGACCAACCAGCAGCGCACACGGUCCAUCAUGCUUAGGAACUCCACCUUGACUGACGAGGCCAUCGUUUACCUCCUCAAGGUGAUGGAUGGGGCUCCAUUAGAGUUUAUUGGGUCGGAAUAUAUGCUGUUUAAGGGCACAGGCUCCUGGAAGGAGGCCAGAAGAACUCGCCAUGAGAACCUAGAUACCGUCUACUUCAGGAACAUACAGGUCAUCGAUGCCUAUAGAUUCACCUCCUUCCUGCCGGUUGCUUUUUUACUGAAGUACCUCAGAAAGAUCUCCCUCAUCAACUGUACGGUGUUUGUGAUGCCGUGUCUGACCUCAACCCUGCUAAUUAAUCUGGAGCAUCUGGACCUAAGCGGCAAUCUGCUAAGCGACCUGACCCUCACGGAAUCUCUGUGCCACGGGAAAGGAUACCUGAAGAAGCUCAGAGUUCUUAACGUCAGCGACAACGCGCUCAAGUCCCUCUCCCUCAUCAGCCAACAGCUGGUGUUCCGUCUUGACAAACUGGUCCACCUGGACAUCAGUCAGAACGCCUACACCUCCAUGCCCCCAGCCUGCUCCUGGCCCCCGACCCUGACUCACCUCAACCUCUCCUGGGCCAAGCUACGGAGGGUCACCCCCUGUCUGCCCCAGAGCCUGGAGGUGCUGGAUCUGGGACACAACGACCUGACCUUCUUCCACAGUGUGUCUCUCCGGGCCCUGAGGGAGCUCCACCUUUCUGGGAACAAGCUGAUGCAACUUCCCCCUGGAUGGCUGUUACCUAGCUUGGAGAUCCUUCUGAUACAGAGCAACAGCCUGAACAUGUUCGGACCCCUCGAUCUCCUUCACUACAGGAGGCUCAGAGAGCUGCAGGUCGGCUGGAACAGGUUUGUGUGUUCCUGUGAGUUUGUCUCCUUCAUUGUGAAGAUGUGGGGUGAAGCUGCUGAGAGCAGUGUGGAGCUAGUAGACCGACCGGAAACCUACCUCUGUGACUCACCACUGCCCCUACAGGGCCAGAGGUUGGACAAAGUCCAGCUGUCAGCUCUUGAGUGUCACCCUGUCCUCCUUGUAUCAACGCUCUGUGGCUUCACACUGGUUUCUGGGAUCCUUGUGGGAAUUGUACUCUGGAAGCUCCACGCUAUGUGGUACUUGAAGAUGAUGUGGGCAUGGCUUAAAGCCAAACGAAAUUCCAGGAGGCAGAAACGCUGGAACGCUGACCCCCUCUGUUAUGAUGCGUUUGUAUCGUAUAGCGAGCACGAUGAGGGAUGGGUAGAGGAAUUCCUUGUUCCUGAGCUGGAGAAUUCCCAGCCUCCACUCUCCCUAUGCCUCCACAAGAGAGAUUUUCUCCCAGGACACUGGAUUGUUGACAACAUAAUCAACGCCAUGGAACGCAGCCGACGGACACUCUUUGUCCUUUCCGAAAGCUUUGUCCACUCAGAGUGGUGCCGGUACGAGUUGGACUUUUCCCAUUUUCGCCUGUUUGACGGGAACACGGAUGCAGCCAUCCUGGUGCUCCUGGAACCCAUCUCAAAGGACAACGUUCCCAAACGUUUCUGCAAGCUCCGUAAAUUGAUGAGCUCUCGUACGUACCUGGAGUGGCCGACGGAGGAGGAGAGGAGGAAUGAGUUCUGGUCCAACCUCCGCCUGGCUGUGAGGGGAGACGACACUGGGUGAUCCAACUGGGUUACAGAAGACAGAAAGUGUGGGAUUCCAGAAAUCAGGUCCCAGGAUUAUAUAAACUACUGUCCGCUCAGUAGUUAACAAAUGUUGAUUGGUCAACAAAGCCAUGAAGAUUGGCCAAGAUCUUUAUUAGGAUGUCUGCUCAGAAUUAAUGUAUUUUCGUUCACCUUUUUAUUUUCCCAGAUUUGUCAGAACAGACAUUUUGUAAAUGUUCUGUUUUUGUUGUAAUUCUGAUUCUUCUUCGUCUCUUCUCAUAAAUCAUAUUUUAUUUCCAGGGCCAAUAUUAUUUGAAUGACAGGGUGGAUUGUUUGAAAAUGUAUGUCACAUUAGGGGAAGGAUCUUUCAGAUAAUGACAUUAUUGUAAUCUGUUGGAUUAAAUAUUUGAUUUUGUAGUUUUAUUUCAGUAAUCUGUAAUUCCUUUAUAUCCCUGUUUUAAGAACUUCUCUUAAAAAUGAAGUGCAUACACACACGUACACACAGGCACAAGCAACUUCAAAAGCUCUGGCUAUUUAUGUCGCAAACAUCCCAUUCAGUGCCUUUGAAGGUUAUUGUCUGUUUCAUUCAUUUAGCAGUGGGUUUAAUAACAUUUAAAUAUGGUUCAAUUUAAAUAAAAUGUUUGAUGUGGA